GGCUUUCUGAGUCGGAGGCUGAAGGGUUCUAUAAAGCGUACUAAGAGCCAGCCCAAACUGGACCGUAAUUCCAGCUUCAGACACAUCCUGCCUGGAUUCAGGAGUGUGGACAAUGAGAGUUCUAAUCUGAUGCCGAGGCUGAAGGAGUCUCGCAGCCACGAGUCGUUGCUCAGCCCCAGUAGUGCUGUGGAGGCCCUAGACCUCAGUAUGGAGGACGAGGUGCUCAUCAAACCUGUUCACAGCUCCAUCCUCGGACAGGACUACUGCUUCCAGGUCACCACCUCAACAGGAAGUAAAUGUUUCUCCUGUCGAUCUUCAUCAGAGAGGGACAAGUGGAUGGAGAACCUGAGGAGAGCCGUCCACCCCAACAAGGACAACAGCCGUCGGGUGGAGAACAUGCUGAAGCUGUGGAUCAUCGAAGCCAAGGACAUUCCGGCCAAGAAGAAGUACUUCUGCGAGCUGUGUUUGGACGACACCCUGUACGCCCGCACCACCUGCAAGCUCAAGACCGACAACGUCUUCUGGGGCGAGCACUUUGAGUUCAACAACCUCCCGGCUGCCAAGAGCAUCACGGUCCACCUCUACAAGGACUCGGACAAGAAGAAGAAAAAAGACAAGAACAAUUACAUCGGACUGGUCAACAUCCCAGUCCCCGCGGUGACGGGGAGGCAGUUCAUGGAGAAGUGGUACCCUGUAAGCACUCCGACGCCCAACAAAGGGAAGACACCAGGGCCCAUGAUCCGGAUCAAGGCCCGCUACCAGAGCAUGAACAUCCUACCUAUGGAGAUGUAUAAGGAGUUUGCAGAGUACACCACCAAUAACUACAUGUUGCUGUGCUCUGUGCUGGAGCCUGGCAUCAGUGUGAAGAACAAGGAGGAGAUGGCUUCUGCACUGGUCCAUAUUCUACAGAGCACCGGCAAGGCCAAGGACUUCCUGACAGACCUGAUGAUGUCAGAGGUGGACCGGUGUGGGGAGAACGAGCACCUGAUCUUCCGAGAGAACACGCUGGCCACCAAGGCUAUAGAGGAGUACCUCAAACUAGUGGGGCAGAAGUACCUACAGGAUGCACUCGGUGAGUCU